AUGACCUCAAUAAAGAUAAAUCGGAAACUCUGUGUACUUAAUAUUGACAUACUUAAGUUGUAACCUGUUCUUAUCAAUGACAAGAUGCAGUCGAUGUUCAGGCGUAUACUUUACAGUGCUAUCUGUGUUGCAAUUCAAUAACGUUUAAUACAUCACUCACUUUAGGAGUUCUGUUACUAUAGCCAGACAGAGUUAUUAUAUUAAGUCAAAGGCGACAUGGAGAAACGAGAGAAUAUUUUCCUCAAGAAGAGUUUUGUAGCCAUUACCGGAGCUAGUAGAGGAAUUGGUAGAUGCAUGGCCCUGAAGUUUGCGGUCAAGUUCCCUCCGAAUUCCGUCUUGGUACUGAUGGCAAGGAAUGUGGAGGCUUUGGAAAGCGUCAGGACGGAAUUGCAAGCAACGACUCCCAAUAUAACGGUAUUAGUUCGACAGUAUGAUCAAGGAAAAACUGAUGAAGGAUAUUUUAAUGGGAUAUUUGACAGUCUGCUUACUGAAGGCAAAUGUUCAAAGGAUAAUUUUAAACAGGUAAUGCUUGUUCAUAACUGUGCUACAAUCGGGGACAAAGAUAAGACUGCGCUUCAGUUGUGUGACGCCGAUCGCGUGCGGUCUUACUUUGACAUAAACCUAUCUAACGAAUUCUGCAAAGCCGCCCGUGAUAUGUUCUUCCGAGUCCUUUCUGCCGAAGAACCAUCUAUUCGGGUUCUGACAUACGCCCCAGGUGGUGUUGACACAGGCAUGUUGCGAGAUCUAGAAGCAAAUUCAUCCUCAACUCCAUUCCGUCAAAUGUUAAAUGGCCUGCGUCAGGACGGUCAAAUACUGGCACCGGAGGAAACUGUGGUUAACCUUGUACGGGUACUGGAGGACAACGCGUUCGAAAAUGCUGAUCACGUGGACAACUAUGGUCAGACAGCUCAGCCAUAUAUUGACAAAUUUUUAAACUGAGGUAUAACUGAUAAUUUGUACUGUUGUUAACAUCUGAAUAGUAUCACGGAUAACUUAUUUGGUGUCUUUCUUUUAAUAAGUGUAAUGAAUUAAUAUUAGACCUAUGUUUUCCUGAG